AUGGACACACAAGCAGGAAUAUCUCAGAAGGACAUCUAAUGUUAUCCCUGGAUUGUGACAUAAAAGAUAAUGACAGCAGACAGGAUUCUCCAGGAGCUAAUCCCAUUACCCCAAUUAUACAUCCAGCUCUAUCAGCUGAUCCCUCUGAUCCUGGGAAAUGUUCUCCUUAUCACUCUGGUAUUGGUGCAUCUGUUACAGCUCUGACAGUAGAUACAAUAUUUCCCUGUUCUAUAGAUGCCAAAUGUUUUACACAGAACACAAAGCUUAUUACCCAUCAGACAGGUAAGGCAGGUAAGAGGCCAUUUCCAUGUUCUGAGUGUGGGAAAUGUUUUACACAAAAAUCACAACUUGUUACACAUCAGCAAAGUCACACAGGUGAGAAGGCAUUUCCAUGUUCUGAGUGUUGGAAAUGUUUUGCACACAAAUCAGAGCUUGUUAUACAUCACAGAAGUCACACAGGUGAGAAGCCAUUUUCUUGCUCUGAGUGUGGGAAAUGUUGUGCAAGUAAAUCACAUUAUGUAAUGCAUAAGAGAAUACACACAGGUGAGAAGCCAUUUCCAUGUUCUGAGUGUGGGAAAUGUUUUGCACGGAAAUCACAACUUGUUAUACAUCAGAGACAUCACACAGGUGAGAAUCUAUUUAUUUGCUCUGAGUGUGGGAAAUGUUUUGCAUGCAAAUCAGAUCUUGUUAUACAUCAGAGAAGUCACACAGGAGAGAGGCUAUUUUCUUGCUCUGAGUGUGGGAAAAGUUUUACCCGGAAUUCUCAACUUGUUAGACAUCAGAGAAGUCACACAGGUGAGAAGCCAUUUUCUUGCCCUGAGUGCAGGAAAUGUUUUACACAUAGAUCUCAACUUGUUACACAUCAGAGAAGUCACACAGGUGAGAAGCCAUUUCCAUGUUCUGAGUGUGGGAAAUGUUUUGCACAGAAAUCAUAUCUUGUUAUACACAACAGAAGUCACACAGGUGAGAAACCAUUUUCUUGCACUGAGUGUGGGAAAUGUUUUACACGAAAAUCACAACUUGUUAUACAUCAGCAAAGUCACACAGGUGAGAAGGCAUUUCCAUGUUCUGAGUGUGGAAAAUGUUUUGCACACAAAUCAGAACUUGUUAUACAUCAAAGAAGUCACACAGGUGAGAAGCCAUUUUCUUGCUCUGAGUGUGGGAAAUGUUGUGCACGUAAAUCACAUCUUGUAAUACAUAAGAGAGUACACACAGGUGAGAAGCCAUUUCCAUGUUCUGAGUGUGGGAAAUGUUUUGCACACAAAUCAGAUCUUGUUAUACAUCAGAGAAGUCACACAGGUGAGAAGCCAUUUUCUUGCCCUGAGUGCAGGAAAUGCUUUACACAUAGAUCUCAACUUGUUACACAUCAGAGAAGUCACACAGGUGAGAAACCGUUUCCAUGUUCUGAGUGUGGGAAAUGUUUUGCAGACAAAUCAGGUCUUGUUACACAUCAGAGAAGUCACACAGGUGAGAAACCGUUUCCAUGUUCUGAGUGUGGGAAAUGUUUUGCAGACAAAUCAAAUCUUAUUAAACAUCAGGGAAGUCACACAGGUGAGAAACCGUUUCCAUGUUCUGAGUGUGGGAAAUGUUUUGCAGACAAAUCAAAUCUUAUUAAACAUCAGGGAAGUCACACAGGUGAGAGGCCAUUUCCAUACUCUGAGAAAUAAAUUGCUCUUGUUGCACACAAUAGACCACUCAAGUGAGGAAUCAUUUUAUUCUUCUCGAUUAUACUGAUCAUUGCCAUGGAAUGUUCUUCAAGGUUCUUAUGCUAGCUCCCAUGCUUUUUGCAAUAUACAUGUAACCGCAGGGUGAAACAAAGAGAUGUCAUGUCCUUGUCUACCACUGCUAUGCAGAUAACCUGUCUUUUGCUCCGGGUACCGAGAACCCAGUACCAAUCCUAAAUGGUUGUCUAGCUGAGCUCCAUGGCUAUAGCGUUGCAAACCAACUAGACAUACGCUUGGGGGUUCCGAGUUACAAAAUGCUGAUCCUGUGCGGAAUCUUGGUGUCCUGGAUGGUGGAGUGACACUUAGACAUCAGUUAUCAGCCACAAUUAGAUCCUCAUCUGAGGAACAUAGCCAGACUCCAGCACUUAUUUCCCUCAGAAGAUCUUCCUAUAGUCAUACAUGUACUUGUAUCAUCACACAUAGACUACUGCAAUGUCCUCUACCUGGGUCUCCCAGCAAAAGAAUUGCACCACUUGUGGCUUGUACUGAAUGCAGCAGCCAGGCUGUUACCUAACCAGCCCGUUCCUGCCACAUAACACCCAUUCUCUGCUCCCUUCACCGGCUGUCUGUGAGAUGGUGACUCUUACAUAAUCUUACUGACUCUCCCAGCAAUACAUGACCAGGGUCCAUGGUACCAGAAGCAGCUUCUGCCUCCUUACUGCCCAGAUUUCUUACUUCCACCUGCCGAUGUAGAGAUGUUACCAGCAGUAUCAAGAAUCCCCAAGC